AUGGACGCAGUGCUGGUCGCUAAUGAAGCAAUUGACUCCAUUGUGAAAAGCAAUAGAGGGGCGAUUAUCUGUAAAUUAGACAUUGAGAAAGCCUAUGAUCACGUGAACUGGGAUUUUCUUUUAGCAGUGAUGGAGAAGAUGGGGUUUGGGGAAAGAUGGUGCAGGUGGAUAAAGUGGUGUUUAUCCACUGUUAGGUACUCAAUUAUGGUGAAUGGAAGCCCUACGGGUUUUUUCCAAAGCUCAAGGGGGUUAAGGCAAGGAGACCCCCUGUCGCCGUACCUAUUUGUAGUGGUGAUGGAGGCCUUUAGUGUUUUGAUAAAGAGGGCAGUGACUGGGGGUUUUUUGGUGCCUUGUUUGAUUCGGGGAAGAAGAGGCGAAGGGGUCCAGAUAUCACAUUUGUUGUUUGCUGAUGAUACGUUGAUAUUUUGUGAAGCAAAGGAGGAUCAGCUGUUGUAUUUGGGCUGGUUGUUAAUGUGGUUUGAGGCAAUUUCAAGGUUAAGAGUAAAUCUAGAGAAAAGUGAGCUGAUUCCGUUGGUAGAGUCGAGAAUGUGGAUGAGUUGGCUGAUGAGUUUGGUUACAGGGUGGGAAAACUACCCUCCACUUAUCUAG